UCGGGCCAUGGUGGGGCAGAGGUUGGGAAGAUGGCGUGGCGCGGCUGGGCACACAGAGGAUGGGGCUGUGGCCAGGCGUGGGCUCAGCCGGCGGGCGGCCGCAGCUGCGAGGAGCUCACUGCGGCCCUGGCCCCGCCGCGACUGCUCGGACGCAGGUUUAACUUUUUUAUUCAGCAAAAAUGUGGAUUCAGAAAAGCACCCAGGAAGGUUGAACCUCGAAGGUCAGACACAGGAACAAGUGGUGAAGCAUACAAGAGAAGUGCUUUGAUUCCUCCUGUAGAAGAAACAGUCUUUUAUCCUUCUCCCUAUCCUGUAAAGACCCUUGUAAAGCCCUUGUUUUUUACUGUUGGGUUUACAGGCUGUGCAUUUGGAUCAGCUGCUAUUUGGCAGUAUGAAUCACUGAAAUCCAGGGUCCAGAGUUAUUUUGAUGGUAUAAAAGCUGAUUGGCUGGAUAGCAUAAGACCACAAAAGGAAGGAGACUUCAGAAAGGAGAUUAACAAGUGGUGGAAUAACCUAAGUGAUGGCCAGCGGACUGUGACAGGUAUCAUAGCAGCAAAUGUUUUUGUAUUCUGUUUAUGGAGAGUACCUUCUCUACAGCGGACAAUGAUCAGAUAUUUCACAUCUAACCCAGCCUCAAAGGUCCUUUGUUCUCCAAUGUUGCUGUCAACAUUCAGUCAUUUCUCCUUGUUUCACAUGGCUGCAAAUAUGUAUGUUUUGUGGAGCUUCUCCUCCAGCAUAGUGAACAUUCUGGGCCAGGAGCAGUUCAUGGCAGUUUACUUAUCUGCAGGUGUUAUUUCCAAUUUUGUCAGUUAUAUAUGUAAAGUCGCCACAGGAAGGUAUGGACCAUCACUUGGUGCAUCAGGCGCGAUCAUGACCGUGCUUGCUGCUGUCUGCACGAAGAUCCCGGAAGGGAGGCUCGCCAUUAUCUUCCUUCCAAUGUUCACAUUCACAGCAGGGAAUGCCCUAAAAGCCAUUAUUGCCAUGGAUACAGCAGGAAUGGUCCUGGGAUGGAAAUUUUUUGAUCAUGCGGCACAUCUUGGGGGAGCGCUCUUUGGAAUAUGGUAUAUUACUUACGGUCAUGAACUCAUUUGGAAGAACAGGGAGCCUCUAGUGAAAAUUUGGCAUGAAAUGAGGACUAACAGCCCCAAAAAAGGAGGCGGCUCUAAGUAAAACUGGGAUUGGAUGAGACUGGUGCGUGUGGCCCCUGCUGCCUGGAGAGCCCCAGGAACACAUCGGCCCUGGAGCGACCACAUCUUUGCUCCUGCCUGGAAGACACCCGGCAUCUAGCUUUCCCAGUAUUUUAAACUCUGUCCCCAGUACAUGUCUUAUUAGAAAGUGAAUUAUGACAAAGUUGUGAAAUAAAGGUUUCUAUCUCUAGUUUGUA